GCGAUUCAACAUUCCUCAAGUCAAGGACACUCAGGAUAACAGAUCUUGAUAACUAUUGCUAUCCACCUGUCAGAAACCUCCAAUGUCCCUUUCGAAAAGGAAUCAUUUACUAUAGUCGAGGAAACACGCUAUUUGAGCGCAAUAUUCAUCGCUUUAGUAAGCACGAGCCACGAAUUCUUAGCGACAAAAGCGUGGCCUCAUAUGAACUACUAUUUUUCAAGCUCAUUCCAAUUGAAACCAAUCGAGUCCUACUCAUGAGACUAGACGGGCCCCGAACGAACUUGCCUCAAUAUGGCCGCUUGGUAGAGCGUAGCGUCUCGGAAGAGUGUAGCGACUGGGAAGAGCGCAGCGACUCGGAAGAGUUUAGUCACUCGGAAGAGCGUAGCGACUCGGGAGAGUUUAGUGGCUCGGAAGAGUGUAGCGACUCGGAGGAACAUAGCAACUCGGAAAGGCCUGCACAUCUCGAACUUUCAAUUCACGAAAUCUGUCACUACCGUCUUGGCCCUGCUCUGUGGACCUACCGCAGGGAUUCGGAUAAACCAGAUCUCGAUGAAUUAUUAAUGCCGUUGAGAUGGCCGACGGAUAUUUUGGGCAAUACAUUUGACAAGAACUGCAUGGGCCAGAUGAAGCUACUUGCAAUGAUCCAUGAGGCUGGGCUACUUCACUUCCAGAAUUUGGGGAAAGACCCGGGUGCCAACUUUGCAUGUUCUCCUGAUGGGCGGAUUUUUGGUGUGAGACUUCUUGACAAGGAAGUGAUUGCGAUGUUACAUUUCAGCUCAGCUGAUGCUGGAUUCGAUUUGGUUACCCAGCUGCCAAUUCCCUUCACUACACCAAAAUUCCACAUUCCGUCUGUUCCACCUGCAUUUUCUGCCGAUGGGUCGAAGUUUGCUGUCGCUGCAAAGGAUGGCACAGUGUCUGUUUGGGAUGUUCGAAAUAAAAUUCCCUUGAUGGUAAAAAAGCCCAAUCCUGACGUCCAUGACGUGUAUUCUUUGAAAUUUAGUAGUGGAACUCUUGGAAGAGAAGUUUUGGCAAUCACGGAACAUCAGCACUUUACUUUUGAUGCUAUCCGUAUUCGCCUCAUUGACUCAACAUCGUUUGAAAUCGAAGAGACACUCGACUUCAAAUUGGCUCCAAUACUGCGCACGCCCCCAGAGCGUAGCAAUGUUUUAUUCGAUCCGGACGGUGACAUGAUGUAUGCUGAGCAGAAUGGAAGACUUUGCGAAUGGAAAUUGCGGGCAAGAGAGGAGGGUCCAGAUUGGUGGCUUGGCGGAGGAUAGCACGCCUAAGUUAGCCACAGUCUCCCCAAUAUGAUUCCUAUCUGCAAGACAUGUAGGUGUGGGCCACACGCUGCAUGGGAUAGAUACGAGUCCAAAAAAUGUUGGUAUUUUUCGAUUUC